UUUUGUAUAUUGGGGCGGGGCUAAUCAGGUGCAAGCUCAAAAAAUUUUAGAACAGCAGGCCAGCCAUCUCUAUUCUCUCUCUCCCUUAGUCUUUUAUUUAAAAUUUAAAAAGGACAUGAAACCUUUCUUCUCUCGGACGUUGAGCACCAUAUCUGACGUCGUGACAUUCGGUCCAGUGAGGAGGAGACGGACAAACACGAGUAGCACCAACAGCAGCACUGAUGGAAGUAGCUUCACUAACAGCGAUCGCUACACGCACUCAAUGCGUUCAGUGCACACCAUGCCACCCCCUCCCUCUCUACCGGUUGGCUCUGUGUCUGAGGAAGUGGGUGGAAUAACAGGUUCCUGGUCCAUAUACCACCAUCCUUUCUCACCCUCCCCCGAGGUUUAUGAUGGUUUGGAGGACGAUGUCAUCUUUUGCAAGAAUAACGUCUGUCGUAGGAUAGCCAGGGCGUCAACGCCCAGCCCUCACGCUAGCCUCACGUACACAAGUAGCAGCGAACACGAUCCUCAAUCGUUUAAACUCAAAGAGAUUGAAACGACACCCAAUUCUCUCACGUCCUCUGUAACGACCACUAUGCAUGGAGAGGAGGAGGAGGAGGAGGAGGAAAUUGAAGGAUAUAUGUAUAUAUGUACUCGUGGAGCUGACUUUGGACAGACUCUCAUAUUGAAUUGGACUCCCAAUAAUAGCAUGACAAACCACUCCAGAGUACAGACAGGAGAUUCUGAUCCUUCUCAAGAAGCCUAUUCAAAACCUAAUCAAUUAGAGACUGGAGCCACUAGGGGAGGAGCUUGUAGUAGAGAUAGAACUGAGAGAGAGCAUGAAAGCUUGUCACUUGAUUUAGGUAGAAUGGAGUCGAUAAGGAUACUCUAUCGUUACGAGUCUCCUACUGCCGGUAUCUCAGGCGGGGAAGUCAUCAUAUACUCUCAGGAGAGAAAGUAUUUCAUUUUUUCGUUUAAACACAACGGGCUCUACGACUUGAUAAAAAAGUUUCGCUCGUGGCGGUACUUCACUUAUGUGCACAACAGCGAAGCGAACCAGUACACCUUUACAAUCAUUAGGCCAAGACUCACUCUCUCCGAACUACACAUAGAGGAAGGACUGGUGAGUGGGGUACUGACUGAGACCAUGUGGGGUCAGUUGAAGGACCCCGCCGGACGUGUGCUGGAUAAAAAAUUAGUCUUACAAACCGUAUUCUUUCGUGGGGUGGAGACCUCAUUGCGUAAAGAAGUCUGGCUUUAUCUGUUGGGUGUGGUUGAUUUCGAUAGCUCAGAGAAAGUGAGGAGGGAGAAGUAUGAAGAGAGACAGACAACAUACAAGCAACUCAAUGAGAAAAGAAAGUCUAAUCAGUCUUUGUUGUCACAUAGCAACGGAGCCACGCCCACAAAUAACAAACUGACCCAGAUGUUGCAACAGGUUGACAAUGAUAUUAGAAGAACGGACCGUUCACAUCCUUUUUAUAAAGGAGAAGAUAAUCCUAAUCUUGACAGACUUAGGCAAAUUAUUCUAAACUAUUUGCUUGAAUAUCGUAAAGAUAUAACAUACUGUCAAGGCAUGACUGAUAUAUUAGCUCCAAUUUUGAUGAGUCUCGAUAAUGAUGCCGAGUCAUUCUUCUGUUUUACUCGGCUGGUAGAGAGGACGCCAUUUUUUACAAAAGCUGGCAAAAGGGUGACACUCCAUAGACAACUGGUUCUGCUCAGUAGCCUUCUCUCUCUCCUCCUUCCUUGGUUCUUCUUUUAUCUCUCAGACAUUGAGGAAGGCCUCUCACUCCUCUUUGCUCACAGAUGGCUACUGAUAAGCUUCAAGAGAGAGUUCAAAAUGGAGGACACCCUCCUCCUCUGGGAGGCCUGUUGGACAAACUACAGUACCAACUCCUUCCACCUCUUUCUAUGCAUUGCUAUCAUGGCCAUAUAUGGUCAAAAAGCACUUGACGAGGACAUGACACUCAACGAACUAACUGUGUAUUUUAACGGACUUGCAAACAUGAUGCCAGUUGAUAUCGUUCUCUCACAGGCGAGAGGGUACCUCUAUCAGUUCUCAAAGUGUCCCGAGGUCCCUUGUGUCCUUCGGUGUAUAAUGCCCGACAGUUACUGGGAGACGAGUACUAGUCGUGUUAUCUGUGAGGGGUCUGGGACGUGUUGUAAAGGGGAGGAGUCACGUCUGUUACAUAUAUUUUAAGGAACUUCUCCUAUUAUCUAGUUCAUUUUAAUUUGUCGGUUUUUUUUCACAUGUUAUCAUUUUCAAACCCUCGGGAAUACA